GAAUGCUCCUCCCAGAGGUGCCCCGGCCGGAGGAGCAGCAGCGCAGCUCCAUCGGCCCUUUGGCCAUUCCCCCGCACGCGGAGCUGCUGCCGGAGCUACCCGCCGGGCCGUCAGGGAUCCGAACGCCGAGGAAGAGGAAGGAGGGAAGGUUGACGUUGAGAACUCCGGCUCCGGUGACUGGAAAAGUCGACGUUCCACCGGAAGAUGGAUACACUUGGAGGAAGUACGGCCGAAAGGCUAUUCUGCGUUCCAAGUUUCUAAGGAGCUACUACCGGUGCACCCACAAGAUUUGCGAGGCCAAGAAGAAAGUGCAGCAGCUCGACGAAAACCCCUUCAUCCUCGAAAUCACAUACGAAGGCGAACACACUUGCCAGACCUCCACUACGCCGCUCCUCAGCCCCCCAAUCACCGUCGCAGUCGCCGCCGCCGGAGAAAACAGAGACCCCGGUGCCGGCGGCGAUAGCGCUUCGCCCCUGUUCCAGGCAGGGACGUCGUCGGCGUCGCAACCGAAAACUGAUAACUGGCUUGGCGACGAAGUGCAGGGAACGGCGGCGGGGACGGGCGGCGGCGACGGCGGCAGGGACGUGGAUGAUUGGUUGGCGGAUCUCACCGACUCCAUGUUUAAUUUUUCCGGAAGCAGCGACAGCUGCAUGGACUCCAUCUUCCCGCCGAGGCCGGGGAACUAAUCGAUCUAAAUGAUCAACAACUAGUUAAUUAGAUUGCCGAA